AUGAAAUAUUUCAUCAUUAAUUUUGUUUCAGGCACUCUCUCAAGUAAUCACUCAAUCUAAUCGAAUAGGCUGCAUUCAUACCUUGAUUGGAUAUCCAUUGGAUUUUAUCAAAACCAGAAUUCAAAUAUAACACAAAAAGCAAAGCAUGAUAAAAGCAGGAAUUCAAAUUAUCAGAGAAGAAGGUGUGAAGGCUUUGUACAGAGGUAGAUUUUAUACAUUUGCAUAGGGGUAUCAAUACAGCUUCUAAAUUCUGUUUGCGCUGGAUCAAUAUAUUUUCCUACUUAUGAACAUAUGAGAAAGUGGUUUGCUAGAAUGGAUAAUUUGAGUGAACAUAGCUAUUUACCAUUUUAACAAACAUUUUUAGCCGGAAGUAUGGCAGUAUUAUACAAUUACAUUAAAUAGGGUAUUGCUAGCAAUAUAUUUGCAUGUCCAUUAGAAUAUGGCAAAAUUUUAUCCCAAAAAACAAAAAUAAAUAAAAUGGAGUAGACUGACGGUCCAAUUCAUAAAUUGUAUUAGAUAUUGAAAACUUAAGGCUUUUUUCACAUUUAUAAGUAAACUACAAAUAAUUAACUGUUAGAGGACUCAGAUUAUAAUUAAUGAGAGAUUCAAUUGGCUGUGGAUUAUAUUUUGUAUCUCAUGCUAAGACCUUAUAAUACUUUACUCCUCAAGGAAGAGAUAGAACAGAAGCAUCAUAAUUUGGAAUCUUAAUGGCCAGCAUGUCAGCAGCUGCUAGCUUUUGGAGUAUCAGUUAUCCCAUUGACAUUGUUAAGACUAGAUAUCAAGUAUUAAAUGAAAGGUAAGUAAAGAUUGCAUUGAUAUUUAAGCACUACUAGUAUCAUCAAGUAAAUAUAUUCUGAGGGAGGUGCUUUGGCAUUCUACAAAGGAUUCUAGGUAACUGUGAUAAGAAGUGUUAUUGUAAAUAUUUUUUCUUUAUGCACAUAUGAAAAUCUAAGAAGAGUUGGGUUUAAGUAUUUUUGA